UCUCUUCCACGGUGCCCCAUCUAGCGGAGACAUGACGGUAUGACCACCGCCAUAAAACAUCAAGGAGAAUAUGUAGUACUUCGGACUUCGCUGCAGCUUAUUGUGAAGUGCUGAAGAAUCGGGACUGGAUUUUUAUUUUUGAGUCUUAAUAAAAUUACAUGUAUACGCAGAAGAUUUAGGAAUGGAGGCGGUUUAUACCCACGGCAUUUGGAUGGCUGAAACUAUCCAGCAGAGGACGAGGAGUCAGGAAACAUUUUGGCUGGUUGUCACUCAUAUGGGAGAUCCUAAGGCAGCUUUCCUGCUCGUCUUUCCUUUCACAUAUUUCAUCAGCAAACGAGCUGGUGUUGCGGUGCUUUGGCUAGCAGCUAUAUCGGAGUGGUUAAACCUUGUGUUUAAAUGGAUACUGUUUGGAGAAAGGCCAUUCUGGUGGAUUGGUGAAUCACGUUUAUUUGUCAACAAGCAACCCAACGUUCACCAGUUUUCUUCCACUUGUGAAACUGGCCCAGGCAGCCCGUCAGGACAUGCGAUGGUGACGGCUGCAGUAUGGUGGGUUGUGGUAUCUUCAGUGGGGUCAUCUCUGUACUCUCGUACACACAGUGUGGUGUUAUCAGCUGCUCCUUACCUACUCUAUGUGGUGAUUGUGGUGGCAGUUGGAAUCUCCAGGAUUUUCAUCCUUGCCCACUUUCCUCACCAGGUCAUUGCUGGCUCCAUUACAGGUUUCAUUCUCGGGGUUGUUCUGAGCCGCAGAGUACCAGAAGGGCGCCCCCUGCUGUUCUUUAUUAGCCUCAGCACGGGUCUGCUGCUCAGCGCUCUGAUGCUGCAUGCUGGACUGCAGCGCCUGGGAAUUGAACUCUCCUGGUCUAUUGCAUUGGCUAAGAAAUGGUGCAGCCACGCAGAGUGGAUUCGUAUGGAUACAGCCCCAUUCUCCUCUCUGGCUCGAGACUGUGGGGCCCUUCUGGGUUGGGGGCUGGCCCAGUACUGGAAGCCUGGAGGAUGGUCUCUCCCAUGGGCUCCAAGGGCUUUAUCUCUGGCUAUUUCAUCCAUGGGACUGUAUCAUGUGAAUCGUCUGCCGCUCCCAGUCCGACCACAGGGCCUGUUUUAUAGCUUAUUCUUUGUCAAAUUUGUCCUAGUGCCUCAGAUUGUCAUGGUACUUGUACCUGGACUGGUUCACUUUUUCACACACAAAAAGAAGAAAGACUGAAAACUGUUCUGUCUGAGCUACAGGUGUGUUUGACACAUCCAAGGACUACAGCUUUCUUGUUUAAACAACUUAAAUGUUAAUUAAUACAGUAUAUUUCAUAGUCACUGUUAGUACUGGUAGUCACUUUAAGUUGCUAUUUAUUCUCUUAGCAUUUUUACCAAAUUGUAAAUAGUGCCUCCAUCUUUGCUGUCACAAUAUCUUAAUCACGUUCAACAACUACAAGAGAUUUUGGAGUGAUGUGUUAAACAGCGGCUCCACCACCAUCACCCAAAGACCACGUGAGGGAAUAUGUUUUGGAUGAAUGGUGUUCAUCCCUCCAGCAGAGUUCAGAGACUUGGAGAGUCAAUGCCAAGGUGCACUGACGCUGUUCUGGUGACACAUGGUCUCCUUACUGGACACUUCCUGUU